AUGAAAAGCAUAGCAGGGCGUUGUGCAUGCACCGAGGUGCAUUUAGAGUCAGCAGGUAGGGACUUGAGACACCACGCGGACCUUCCAUCUUCGACGUCUCUACCAAUAUUCUGCUUCGAGAAUGCCACCAGGGUGUCGCGUUCUUCGCUGCUGCCUUUUAUCAUGCGUGACGGAUCGGAUCUGUGUAUCCCACCCAAAUGA